CGUCGCGGAGCCGAGACGCCUUCACACGUGUGUUAUAAAGUUUAACAUGUGGUUCUGCGUUACGUGUGUCUUAUGUGUUACUGUGGCUGCCCGAGCUUACCCCCAAAAUGUGGAUACCGCAAAUAUUACACAACCAAGAGAAAAACGGUAUGGUUACUAUUACCAUCCGCCUGAGCACAUAUUUUCGACACUAACUCCUUCACCGUAUUAUAGUAACCAGUAUCCUCGACCUAACAACGAAAGGCCAUUUCCACCAUAUGCUAAUCUAAACCUACCACCGCCACCUGAUGGUGACCUAAACCCAUUCACACCAAUACCAUUGCCAAAUAGUAAGGAGCUUCCGCCACCUGGCGACCGAAGCUCUUUUCCAUCAUAUAGUAACCUAAACUCCACGUUACCACAGUGUGAUGGCACAAAUCCAAAUAUACUACCAACUUUAACUAAUAAUAACGAGUAUCCGCAACCUGGCGAUCGAAUUUUUUUACCACCUCUUGAUGACUCAAAUCUGACAUUACCAAAUAAUGGUGUCCUAAAUGACACAUCUCCUCCAUUCGACUCGGACCGAACAUCACUACCUCGGGAACCGUCGCAGUUGAUAUCAAGUGAGGAUGAGGAAGACCCUUGCAACCCACACUUUUCAGAGAAACCAGACUUUUUAGCUGGAGGAAGACGGAUUAGCGAAGCCAAAUGUACGGAAUACGUAUGGAAUUUGGAAAGAAUGCAAGAAAUAGAACUGAAACGGGUCAGUUGUGAACUAAAGAGAAAUUGGAGACCAGCAGGAUAUUUCGGAUUAGCUCCGCCAGCCGUGGGCGGUAGAGCAGCCUUGCCUGGAGAAUUUCCUCAUAUGGGUGCAGUAGGAUGGCUUGGACUGAAGGGAGAGUGGCUAUUCAAGUGCGGCAGUUCUCUGAUCAGUCCAAAGUUUGUGCUUACAGCUGCACACUGCUCCAAGGCGUCUAGUCUCAGCACUGACCUCGCUGAUCCAUUUCCGAAGAUUGUGAGACUUAGCCAUGUAGAAAUUUAUUUCGUAAGACACUAUGAAUUCCCUCGCAACUAUGACGUCAAAAUUGAAAGAAUCAUCGUCCAUCCAAACUACAGGCCUCCUAAAAAGUACUAUGAUAUAGCACUCAUGGAAUUGGACCAUGAAGUAGGCUUCUGGCAGAUGGUCCACCCAGCUUGCCUUUGGACAAGUCCUGACGUCAGACAGCUGAGUACCAUAGCAACGUUGACUGGAUGGGGCGUUUUGAAAGAAGGCAGUCAAGAUAUAUCACCAAUCCUACAAGCGGCAGUGGUGGAUUUCAUAGGAAAGCAACGAUGCGACGCAUUACUGGCGAAGAAGCGCAACAGGAACUGGUCUGGAUUGCAAGAGCAUCAGAUAUGUGCUGGGAAGCUGGCCGGAGGAGUAGAUUCUUGUCAAGGUGAUUCCGGAGGUCCAUUGCAAGUGCGAAAAAAACUGGAUAUAAAUACACCAUACAAACUAUACUACGUGGUUGGCGUAACGGCCUUCGGCUUCGGAUGUGCUCGUCGGAACCUGCCCGGAGUCUACACCAGGGUGUCCAGCUUCCUCGACUGGAUAGAGCCUAUUGUGUGGCCAUGAUGUAUAUUUUUGUCACAAAAUAAAGAAAACUGCUGUUAUCAACAUUCAA